GUACAGACACAUCAAGGUCAAGUUAGACUUGUUGUCUGGUAAAGUCACCGUCUAUCUGAUUGCUUAUCUUCUGGGUAUGUGUUUUCAACCAACCUAAAUUAAGUUUCAAUCUGGUCAUUUUAUGAAGCAGUUAAUGAAAAUUCUACUGAUAGUCACCAGGUGUACAGAGGGUACCUUUCAAUUAUUUCAAUCAGCUGUACUGCAGUUUCACAUAUUGAUGUAGGAAGCUAACCGUACACUGAUUAGGCGUGCAGUAUUUAUUUUCUGGUCUGGGUGAACACGAUCGACCAACACAUACUCUUGAAGUGCUUUUAUACUCAGAUUGAGUUUCGAUGCAAUGAGCAGUAAAGGAGCUUUCUGUGUCAGUAAAAAGCAGCAAAACAGCUCUUUCCUGUCCCGUCGUUCCCCAGGUGGUAUUCUCUUCUCAAGUGUAGCAGGUGGUCCUCCUCACGUUCAUUCACCGGACAGAUACUCUGGAAACGGUACCACGAAAUACAUACAAGAUAAAUGUGGAAGAGAUGUGAAUCCUGUGUCGUUGUUUAACAGCCUUUUGGACCCUGACAUCGAGUUGCCAACCAUCAGUGUGCGCGAAGUCGACGAAAUAUUGAGCAGUUUGACUUCCCCUGACACAACACCAAUCAAGUCAACAGGUGAUAACCCCAAUUUAACUAUGGGCCAGAACAGCUACUGUGAUACGUGUGACAAUCCGUGUCAAAAUUCACUUCAGUACAAUAAGAAAGGAUCAUCAAGUAGGUCUGAUUUAUCUAGGGGAACUGAAUCUUCACAUAAAGCCAUUACUGUCAAAGAACCGGAUGUCAUAAAGCACAGUGUCGCUAGUAAUUCACGAACAUAUAUCAAAGGUGUUGAAGUGGACAGAGUAUCUGUAUCUUCAGAUGUAUACCGCAAUGCAGUUUUCAGCAACAGCAGCAGCAUACCUACAACUGAAAAUUCAUUAGGUAGUAUAUGCACUCUUGAAAGUCCAAUCUUGCAAAGUUCUGGGCUGUCUCCUGACAGAGAGCGAUGCGUCGAUAGUAAAGAUAGUAUUCACCACAAACGCAGCAUUAAGACCGUUUCUCUGCAAUCGAUGAUGGACAUACUCCCCUUGUUUCCAUCUUGCAAAAGUGUAGCCGAGUUAGGUGCUUUAGCUCUUGGUCCUGAGUUCGAUGAAGCAGCAAUUCAUAGUUGUCGCAAGCAAAAGUCCCCAAAUUUGUCACUGCGUUCCAAAGCAUGUUCUGGUACGAAUCUUUGCAACCUACCCCCCAAAGUACCUGUCUCUACUGCUCUUCGUGACCGUUCCCCAAUUGGUAUUCUAGAUUUAGCUACUCAUGGUGCAUAUCAAAAUUACUCUAAUGUUUCACAUGUUCAAGAGGCGACUAAGUACCGACAAGCAUAUCUUUCAGUACGCAGAGCAAAUCGAGCCAAAAUCCUAUCUAAGUCUACAACAUCUGCAUUAUCGUUUUUUGAGAAUGGAAGUUCGGGUAAAUCGAGUAGUCAGCAUGUUUCUUAUCAAGCGUCAAAUAGUGAUCAGCCUACGGUACAUUCAAGAACCACUUUGUCAAAGCCUUCUAUUCGUUCAACAAGUACCACUUCUGAUGAUCGUUUCAAGCACAUUUGUCCUCAUCCAAGGUGUGGUCGUAGAUAUCAAGCUGAAAUUGGACUUCUACGUCAUUUAGUUAAGUACCAUGGUGAGCAAAUUGAGUUGCCCCGAAGAACUCGCUCUGCAGCUAAUCAGCACCUGGUUAGACGUCCAGCGUCAGAAGAAAGAACCAUUACUUCCACUGGAUUCGAUGAAAUUGAUGUGUUGGAUAAAAGUUUCUUAAACCAAGAGGUGUCUAGGAAUGAAAUCCCAUGUUUAUUUGGCUCAAAGAGCAUAUUGCAACCCGACCAAACCGAAAUGAAAGAAAUCGAUUUCAACCCUUCUUCAGUAGUAACCUUUGAAACAAAUAAGGCCAAAGGAUACACCUCAAAUGAGUCAUACGCUAAGCUAAAAGAUAUUCCUUCCGUAUCAAAUACUGGUGUAUCACUUAUGUGUUCUGCUUCUCCUGCAGGUGGAAACGGGACCAUUGUUCCUAUCCCAUUAAUAGAUCUGGGCACAGAUGUAUGUUCCAGUACAUUACCAAUUACAGUGGAAAUGGACAGUUCGAAUUCACACGGAAAUUUACAUCCCAGCCAUGGUCAAGCUAGUCUUCAAGUGUUGAAACCAAUGAGAAAACAACCCAGAUUACGAUCAGUUAGUGGAAGCCAUAGCGAUUCGCCAAUAGGUAAACAUUUGUCUAACUCGGACCAAAAUUCAACAAACCAGUGUAAACAUCAUCCACCAUCGAAUUCUUCUGGUUUACUUGUCUCUCAUUCACUUAAUUCCUCAAUGACAUAUACCAACACAGUCGAUUCUCAAAAAGACGGCAAUGGAGAUAAUGGUCGACGGCGUACUUUAAGUACUGGUCAUGAUCCUAGAGUAACAGAUGUUGACGAAGACAAUAUGGGUAGUAAAUGUCCAAGCUGUGGAUAUGCUGACUGGAAGCUGUUUAAAACGAAAGAACGUGAAUGGAUAAGUGGUGUUCAUGCAUUGAGUUGUUCAAAAACAGAUUGUGUUUCCUGUCCAGUUGACAAUUGCACAUAUGUUUGUUCCGGUAGAGCCGAUUUAUCCGCUCAUUUAACAAGUAUUCAUUUUCCUGAAAUUCAACAUCAACUUGUUCGUCUGAUUUUUGCAUGCCCUCUAAAAGAUUGCCAAAUUAUUUGUUCUGAUGAAGCAUCGUUUCAAGCUCAUUUUAUUGCACAUCUUCAUGGGCAUCUUCCUGGUAACCUAGCUGAACUAUUCAAUCCAUCCUCAUUGACGUCACCUGUUACGAUGUCUGUGACACCAAUGUUGUCAUCGUCGGACACAACAUCGGGAAUGACAACACCACCAGUGGUCGUAUCGUCAACACCUGUUGUAGAGUCAAUGAUGGACAGUUGUAGUGAAACAUCACAGCCCUCAUCAAACAUUUCAUAUGGACAACCAUCUCAUUUUGUUACUGGUUACACUGCAUAUUUAUCGAUGGUUAAUCAGGACGAAGCUUUAUCUACAUCUUCAGCAAGUGAAAAGUAUCAUAUAACACUGAUGGAUAUUCAACCUGGUUUAGUAACUGAGAGCAAUAGUAUAUCGAAUACUUCCGGAAAACCAACUAGUUCAAACAGUAUUCAUUCUCAUUCAAAGAUAACAGUAGCCGCAGCAGCAGAUCUAAUCCCUGCGAUUCCUAUGACUUCGCUUGACAGCAGUGAUUCUAUGACCCUCAGUGAAAAUCACCAUCAAUCUUCACUUUCUGUCUCCAGCCAUUAUGCUCAUGACCAUCAUCAAGAACAGUUCACUGAGUUGCCGAAUUCCCCAUCACUAUUCACGAAUGAUGACUCAAUAGCCACACUACCUGUCUUUUUUAAAUCAAAUUGUGAUCCUGUGGAUACUGUGUCGAAUAACUUUUCAAAUGUGUCGAAUAGCGAGACAGAUCAUGUGGAUCUGACAGAUAAUCGUAAUUUGUUAUCAGCACUUGAUCUGAUACCUGAUGAUAUAUUGAUUGAACUGCUUAAAGAAGACAGAGCAAGUCUGUGGGGUGAACCUGUUACCAAUAAUAAUAAUAAUACCAACAGUGGUGGAAGUCUUGGUGCCGUAAACUCAGCCUUAUCAGCUCCAUAUAAUUGCUAUCCUGAGUAUUCAUGUGUAGUGAAUACAGAUAAUCCACCGGUGAAAACUACCAUAUCUAACGAUUCAGUCAAUUUAAACUAUGAUCCCUGUGAUAAAUCAAGUGUUCAUGAUUCCGUUGAAUGGAUUGAUUUUGAUUUGACUGGUUCUGUUUCCCCGUUGAAUGAAUCAUCAGUAUCCUAUGAAAAUCUUCAUAAGGAGGAUAGUUCAAAUUUGUUAUCGGAUGAUUCAAGCAGUUGGAUUCCAUCAAAUCUUGUCCAUCAUACAUGGUCGUCUGCUAUUGCAAAUGAAAAAGUGUCUAACUCCACGGCUGAUUAUGAUGAUGAUGAUGACAAUUGCAGUAAUGCUAGUUCACGUUAUUUUAUUGGACGUCAUUUCAACUGUCCUCAUCGUGUCAUCUCUGAUCUUACUGCUGCACUUAUUCUACCAGAUGUUGAACGCCGUUUAAAAGCUACCAUUUCAGCAACGCGAACUAAAAAAUUCAAUUUACCAUCUACAUCAACGGUUUGUUCAUCUGUUAGUUCACAAGCAUCAUCUCGAAAUACUUUUCGUACAACAUAUCAAUCCUGUUGUUCUGGUAAACGUAGACGUAAUGCUUCUGAAUCACCUCCUUUAUCUACCUAUGAGACAACGGUAGCAAGUAUUGAUGUGAAACCUAGCUUAAAAAUUGAUUCACAUCAAUCACUAGAUUGUUGGAAAUGGAAUAUGGACGAUAAUGGAGUUAUUUCACCUGAUACAGUAAAAUGUCUACAUGAUUUGAAAACAGCAUCAUCAAUUAACAGAGAAGAUUCAAACAACAAUUCAAAGAUGAAUAAUAUUCAUUCAAAUGAACAAGAGGCUUUUAAGCCGAAUUUAAUUGAUAAAUAUAAUGGAAACUUCAAUCAUAUCAAGAUCAAUGGUAUACAGAAGCCAGAAGAACAUGGGAAACAACAUCAACAACAAACAUUAGUUAAAUCCAAUGAUAAGAUCUCUUUAUUUUCGACUACAUAUCACUUGCAUGAGCCUAGAAAACGCUUAAAAAAGAAUCAGAAAGCUUCUACGUUAGCUCAUCAAGCCUACUUCACUCCAUAUUCAAUAGACAAGUAUAUUAUACCUAGACCAGUUUUACCUAGACGUCAUUCAAUGGCUACAUAUAAUUUUAUUCGUUCCGAUUGUUAUUCGCAUUUACCUCAUUCAUGAUUUCUUUGUGUUAUUAUUAUUAUUAUUUUCUCCCUGAAGGUUUAUCAAUACCUCUUAUUCGAACUCAUAUCUUCGUUUAAUUUCAAGCUUAUUUAUUCCUUUUUUUUUGUUUGUUUGUUUGUUUGUUUUUUCAACAAAAUGGCAAAUUAUUUAAUAUACAAUGAUUUCGUUCCGUACUUUUUUUUUCCAUCACCAUAUUGAUUUUCAUAUCAUUGAAACACAUUACUACUUUAUGAUCACAAGUAUUGUAUACCACCAUAUGUAUGUGCGUACAAAUGUUGUUUGUUUUUGUACAUCUCAUCUCAAAGAUGCUUGUUUAUGAUUUACUUUGUAUACUUUCCUUUUUUUGUUGUUCAUAUCUAUUGGUUUUAAGAAGUUAGAUGAUUUUGCUAUACUCAUCAUGUACGUAUAUUAUUUGUUGAUUAACUUAUUCAUGUGCUAUUGACAACAUUUACUCUCUGUUCUUCUCAAUUAAUAGGCAGAAAAUCAUUUCAAUAGGAUUUAUUUAUUUAUUUUGUGUGUGUGUGUGUGUACAUGUUUACACAACAUGAAAUCUACCAUCAUUUUUGUACCUAUUUACUUUGUCUACUCAUGAGUAGUAGUUAAAACAUUCUGUGUUUUUUCUUCAUCCUUAGAUUGUCAAGGUUUGCUUAUUUUGUCAUAGUCUUAUGUUGUUGUUAUUUUGAUUUUUAUGCGCCAAAUAGACAUGAUAACUUUCCAUUUUGUAAAUCUUCUCUGUAUUCUAUACAAAUCAUUGACUUGUCUCUGUUCAUUUCUUUCACUUUGUUGUCAUUGAUGAAAUUAGUAUGAUAUCUCCUAAAAUACUAUUUGAUCUCCUUAUUUCCUUCAUUGUCUAGCUUAUCUCAUCUAGUUGUUUGCUUUUCUUUUUCAGUUCUCUAAACGCUUCCAUUCCUUUCUCUAGCAUCUUAUCACAUUACUACUGCUAGAGUCAUCUCACUACUAGUGUUCCUAAAGUAGCUUAUACUCUCAGUAACAUUUACAAUUAAUGAUUUAUUUGUAUCUAAGGCUAUUUUAGUCUUUGUUUAUUGCAUUUCAAUCUAGUGAACUCUCUAUAUUUUCAUACAAUCCUUGUUGGCUGAGUUUUCUUCUCUCCUCAUUUCCUCUGAUUGUCAAAGAAUAUGGUUAUUUGACUCUCAUCAUAGACAUGACUUUUAUAGCUUUUAAUACCCUUACUUAUUCGUGAUUGUAUGCAUCAUAUUGUCUAUGUGAUAAGUACGAAUUAUGUCUACUGUUUCUUUUCCCCUAAAAAUUACAAUCAGAUUGUCUUGUUUGAAUGUUGGAAUUCAUCAUAGAUUGACAUCAGUUUGUAGAAUAUUGGAAACCUGGGAGCACUGCACAGUCCAACGGUUUCGUUCUGGUACGGGACUCCUUAGCAGUGCGCAUCCAUUACCGCACCAUGGAUCGAACCCAAGACCUUCAGGUUCCGUGGCCAGCACGUUACGAUUGAACUACUGAGUCGGAAUCCAAUAGUCCACAUUUACUAC